UAGGUAGGUGCACGUGAGACGAUUGUCUGCUAGACGAGUCAGCGGCGAAGUAUACGAGCUUUCUUGUGACGUUCACCGGGUAGUUUUGAAAAUUUUCUCUUUCUUGUCAUUUCCGCGUGAUUAUGUUACAUAGAUCAACGACGGUCGUAGGAAGACACUAUGUUCACAGUAUUUCGCACGUUACUGGUACUCACGCAUUUUUUCUGCGAUGUUUUUACCGCGGUUUCUAACUGCUGCAUGUUCCUUCAUCGUAAGUGUAUCGAGAUUUGGUACGGCGAAAAUCUAAGGACAGAAGUCGAAUGGCUGGUGCGUGCUGCGAGCAGAAUGAAAAAAUUGCCGAGGCACAUAGUGAUUAUUUUCGGCGCGAAGGAGGACACUAUAUUAGACUGUGUGCGAAUAAUCGGCUGGUGCAUCACCCUCGGUAUACCGUACAUCAGUUUCGUUGAUAUCAGUGGUUUUUUAGUCAGAAACGAAAGUUUCCUAAAAUAUGAAAUUGCAAAAAGAAGACCCGAUAUUUUGGAGCAUAUCAGUUGGAGCAAACCAAACGUUGGAUUUACGCAAAACGGAGUAACCGGAACUAAGCCGAAAACGCGGAUAUCUUUGUUAUCCGCUUCAAAUGGGAAAGAAGAAAUAGUAACACUAACCAAGAAGCUGGCUGAAGCCGUUGUUACGGGAACAAUUAAGUCAGAAGAGAUAGAUACUGACUUGCUUAAUGAAAAAUUAAAUUCACGAGGGGUUCCUGACCCUGACUUGGGGUUAAUAUAUGGUCGCGUUUGUACCACAUAUGGUGUUUUGCCAUGGCAAACGCGAAUAACGGAAUUUCUCACAUUACCUUUGUACGUUAGCCUGUCCGCGAGGGAUUUCGUGUAUCUGCUAGAACAGUACAGUAAAUACGAGCAACGAUACGGGAAAUAACGGGAAUCGUUAUUCUUAUUUGUGUAAAGUUCUCGUAUUUCAAACAAAACAAAAAACAAAUGAAACAAGAAAUAGAUCAUAAGACGAUUAACAAAGACUGAAUUUAAAACAAUUUACAGAUACUAUUUUAUAAGUGAUUACGUGCUAGUGAAAUAAUAAAGAAGGAACUUGCAGCUUGUGUAAUACAAGUGUCGUUUACGAGCCGAUUUUAAAUGGGUGUCUGUAAGAAGAAGUUUAGCUCUUAUGUUGAAGAUAUUCUCACCAUCGUCGAGAGAAGAGGAAUCCGCAAAACUUUGAAAACGUUUUCCAAUUGUGUAAAAUGAAGCAGUUACCUUACUACAAAAUAUUGAUAUAAAACAAAGAAAGAUGUUUUUUUUUUUUUCUUAAAUUUGAAUGGUUCUUUCAGCAGAAACAAGAAGAAAAAUGAUGAAAAUCCCCUUGACAGAUUACACGAUUCCAAAGGAACAAAGUGUUAUUUUCAAUGUGAUAAGUACAAAUCCGAUAUGCGUAAAUUAGUGAAUUAAAUGUUAGUUGAUUGUACAAGUAGAUUUUUCAGAAUUUAACUUGUAUCAUUUUUCUUGUAUCCUCUCUUUGUACUGUCUAAAGAAGAAUGGUCGGAAGAAUCUGUGCUUGAUGGAAAUGAAAAAGACCUGA